AAAAUAUAUUUAUAUUUAUAUAUUUAAUUUUACUCGUUUUACGGGGAAAGUGUCCCCACAAUUGGGAUGUCCCAAAGGGGGUGCUGCUGUAUUUCGUUUACGUGAUUGGUUGAUUUUCACACUCCAGCGAACAUAGAAUAGGCCUACUUGGCUUCCGUACAUAGACCUUCAUAUCACAUGCAGCGGUGGUGGUGUUGGGGGAGGGGGAGUCGUCCAUUUUCGGCCAACUAGAGGUGUCAAAAUCAUAGGUUCUCUUACCUCAGCGCCAAUGAAGGUGGGGGUGAAACUGUCUAGACCCUCCGUCGGUAAAAAGUCCCUUCCUCUCGGACCCUCACUUCGAAUUCCUAGAUCCGCCACUGACAUCCAUAUUACGUAGGGAAAACUGUCAUAAAUUCGAUUAAUUGUACCAGUGUUCUGUGUCAAGUCUAUCAGGAAAAUACAGCCAGUGGAAAUGCAUGAUGGCGCUGUAUACGUUGCAGAUCAAGAAGGCACAAAAGGAAACCAUCUAGUUCCAAAUGAGAAACAACCUAAUAUUGCUAAGCUACGUGAAAAGCUUUCGAACUUACUAAACAUUAGCCAACAAUUGCAACAAAUAAAUGAUGCCAUGGUCAGAUCAAGUUUAAAUUUGAAAACUCCAGGUCGUAAAAACGAGUACCUAAAGCUAAUUUCUAAAAUCACUAGAGAAGGUGGAAAGACGACUAAGUCAAUGUCAUAUCUUCCUAUUGAAUUAAACAAAAACUAUUUUAAAAUUGAUCGGCAAGCCAUUCUUAAUCGGUCUUUAUCGAAACAAAUGCGUUCUGAAUAUAUGCGCGAAGGGGGUGUGUUAGUUCAAAUGGCUCAUACAAAUGAAGACAUUUCGACUGAUAUGCUCAGAAAAACUGAGACUCACAUGUUAAGAAAUAACGAUGGGGUAUUGAGUAGGGUGGUCCAGCAACCACAUAGCAAAUUGUCACCUGAUACGCGCCAAGGCACUAACAACCACAUGACGGAAAAUGCCAAAGGGUUUAUGACGAAGGCAGGCCCACCAAAUAAUGAUAAGUCUGAUAUACGCAAAUUAACAGAGAAAACGUCCAUGCUUUACAACAAUAAUACAUUGACAGAGAUGAUAAAACAACAAAAAGAACUGUCACCUUACAUACGCAGACAUAAAGUAAAUUUUGGUGAAACGGAGUUGAUUUUAGGUUCAGAACAAAGUGAUAGAGAACAGCCAUUAUUACUACACAUAGGAAAAAUGGAAGAAUAUAAAGCUUCAUAUUCAUCUAAAGACGCAUGUAAACCAAAGAAUAAUAUUUGUUUUCUGAAGACACACAAAUGCAGUAGCUCGACAAUUCAGAAUAUAUUGUACCGCUGGGGAGACGAUCACAAUUUGAUGUUUGUUUUACCCAAGAGUGAGUGUGGACCAUAUCUCGGAAACCCGUAUCUUUUCAAUAGGACAUUCGCCGUCCCGUCCGCUAUUGGAAAGUACAACAUUCUUGCGAAUCAUGCUAGAUACAGCAAACAAGGUAUGUCAGAAAUAAUGCCAAGUGAUUCAAUAUAUAUUACAGUUCUAAGAGAUCCAGCGAAACAGUAUGAAAGUAUCUACGAUUAUUAUGGAUUAGAAGAGCGAUAUGGUAUCGACCUUUCUGGGUUCCUAAACCAACCAAAUGUGUAUUACCAAUUUGGGCGGAUGGAUCGAUUUAGUGGGAGGAACCCAAUGUUAUUCGACUUAGGACUUGAUGCGCGCCAAUUAGAAGUAGACGAUCCAAAGAUCGAUGAAUGGAUUGGAAUUAUUGAUAACGAUUUUCAUCUCGUACUUAUUGCUGAGUUUUUUCAGGAGUCUAUGAUACUUCUUAAAAACGAAUUAUGUUGGACGUUAGCAGAUGUUACCUCAUUUAAACAAAAUGAACGGAUCAAGCCAUCAGUAAGGACAAUCGAUACAGCAGAAGCAGAUAAAAUUCGGAAGUGGAAUGGAGGGGAUUGGAAAUUAUAUACUUAUUUUAAUACAUCCUUAAGGAAGAAAAUAGAAACGUUUGGUGUUGAAAAUAUGAAACAUGAAGUAGCUUUAUUAAAAAAACUCAAUGAUCAAUUAAGCCAAAAUUGUAUCGGAACUGUUCGUGAAUUUGGAGAUUCUCGAAUGUGGUACCCGAGUGGAGUUCAAAUCAAAAGUUUCUUACGCAAUCCCCAAGCCAAGGACAAUAGAUUGUGUUCUCAACUAACAAGACCCGAACUAUCGUAUAUUAGUUUGUUACGUAAAAAGCAAUAUAUCAUGAAUAUUCAAUAUGCAAAUGAAUAGUUUCUCUAAUAUUGUUUUGAGUAGUUGUGUGUUGUAAUACUAGGCUGUUGUAGACUCUAAAGUGCACUGAUGUUUUUGUUGAGAAUUAUUUGGAUGUUAGUCUAUCAAAACACGCAUAUUCAUUAACCGAAAGACAACACCGCCUUAAGAAUGUGAAGCAAAAGAAUAAGACUGCUGCUGAAAACCAAUUAGCAAGUUUUAUAUUAAGUUUAGACGUUUUUUCCUCAAUCCGAAUCAGAGAUUGCAAACAUUAUGGGAGUAGCAGUCUAUUGCUAUCGAAAUUCGAAUCCAAGACCGUCACUCCAUUUUGGUGAUCUACAAACCUAUAAGAAUAAGCUGGACAUUUAGUUCUCACAAACUAGUUCAAUUUAUAUUUUAAUGUGAGAAAUAUGAUACUCAGUUUCUUACUGUUGAAAUACUCUUAGAAAUCGAUGUAAUGAAAAAUGGGGGAAUAGUUAGAGACAAACCAAGCCUUCUUCUUGAGAACUCUGGGAUAUAUUAGGAGUGGGUUGUUAUACAUGCCUUAAAAGCUACUCCGUUGGAAAAAGCUUUUAUACCUGAAAAUUGCAGAGGAAAACAUGGCAACUAACACGUGCAUUAACAGAUAAGAGGUUGAUAUGAAUAUAAAAUGUUAAACAUAUAAAUAUCUAAAAUCCAAGUAUCCGCCCUUAUCGUAGAAAACAGGCUCCAUUGAAGUAACUGCCCUCUGAACUUUCUGCUAUAAUGUACACUGAUUUCAAUGAACGUAUAGAAGAAUCAUCAAGGAACACAAUAUUAGUUUUGUUAGGUUAGUGCCGGAAGAGUGAGCAUUGCAUUUCAAGAACGUAAGGAAGUCCAAACAUGAAGCCGAUCACGACCACCGACAGAGCUGCAGCAUUUCCCCAAAGCAUGAUGCUCGUGUUGAAAAUGCUGACAUUUCAUGAAACUCAACAGGACAUGCACUAAAGAUGAUGAAGAAGUUGUGUCUGUUGAUGUGCAAAAAAUUAACAUGCUUCCAAGAACCCAAAAAUAUAAGCAGUGACAAUUCACUAGACGAAGGAUUAAAUUUUAUGAAACAUUCUCACCUCUCGGGAUUCUGUGGGAUAAGACGCGAUAGCGGUGAUGUGUCGAGUAUAUAAAUAAAAUUUAUUAGACAUUCAGAAAACCUGACAAUAAGAAAUUAACAUUUUAGAUGGGCGAUUGUUCAUCACAAAAUAAGAACUGGAUAAAAUACACGGUAGUGGUAAAUGAGGUGUAUAACAAUGGGCCUGAUGAAAUUAAAUUCAAUGAUUGUACUUUUGAGAUAGGACAUGUCAGCAGACACUUUUGAUAAUAAUAAGAAUAAUAGCAACAAUAAUAAUAAUGCAGUCAUUUUUAUAGCGCUCUUACCUAAGAUACCAGAGCGUUUUACAAAACAAAGGUAAUAGGAUUAUUUAAGUAUUUAAAUAGUAAAUAAAUUACUCUUCGGGGAAGAUUUGAACUGCGUGAUUGAUGUAGAGUGUCGUAUGUGAUUUGGAAGAUCAUUCCAAAGGCUGGGUACAGCAGCAUAGAAUCCUUUGAAUAAUGAUUGUAAGUUUGUUUUAGGUUUCUUCCUGGUAUCGAAAACCACUGCGAUUAAGCUGGAAAUGUGUGAUAAGGUCAGUAAGAUGCUACAUGGUCUAUGAAGCGUUUAAAGACGGUGGUAAAGUGUUUUGAAUGUGAUAUGUUUAUGGACCAAUGGAGUUGUCGGAGGAGAAGCGUUAUAUAAUCAUUUUCAAUUUUUUUUUUUCGCCAUAAAAAUCAGCUUGGCCGCACUGUUUUGCGGGCGCUCGACAAUAUUGUAGUCAAGAAAACAAGGAAAAAAGCCUGAAAAUAAAAACAAAACAAUGAACACCAAGCUAGCACCCAAACCGAAGUAUGGGGUUACACCAUCACCGCAAACUGAAGAUCAGUGUUUAUGUACUCCAGUUAGCAUCGGUUAAGUCUUGAUCUUUUCUGGGAUAAAGUGACGCAUACUGACUUCAUAAGAUAUAAAAAUCAAAAGGGCUCUAAUAAAUACCAAGUGGCACCAAUGUAAAAGAACUUGCGUUUGAAAAAGGAAGACACAUUUGUAAUGAAAGAAUGAUAACAGGAUCUUCAAUAUACAUCGGGGGACUUCUUUUACAAAAACCUACACAGGCGAUGAAGACGGGUCAUACAGCCCUAGAACAUAAACCUCUGCGGGAGGAGUCCCCAGUGUAAAGAAGAGGCCAUUAUAAAACAGUUACCUUUAAUGCCAGAAAAUUAAAGAAAAGUUUGGCUUCAAGGCCUUUUAACUGGAAAGUGUCUGACCUCAUAGACAACGUGCCAUUUAUGAUAUAAGUAAUAACUUAGUAAUAAGUUGCAAUAUGUCCAACAAUUGCAAUUAACACAUUAUUAUUCUAUUGAAGUAUUAAAUUAGCAUAAGUUAUUAUGGCUGUGCAAUGGUGACACUUAAACAGUGAAAAUAUGUAUGUUGAUGCCAAUUUUGAUGUAUAGUCACUAGGUUGUGCAUGGUAAUGUACAUUAUUUUAAAUAAAUAUUCCUGAAUUGCAUUUUAUAAAUUGAUUUUUUAUUGUCUGCUAAAUUCAUGACGACUUAAUAGGCCUAAUUAUAAUUGAAAUUUUAUAUAAAAUAUUUAAAAAAUCACCAUAAUUAUUUCAUGAUGGUGGUGGUAACCGCGCCUGACGAGGAGAGCUGCCCCGGUCGGGGAGAAAAACCACAAUUCGUUGGGGAGAAAAAAAUGUAUAGGC